CUGCCGCCGAUAUCCCUUCUGCGGAAGAAAAUUCGCAACAGAGCCGAGUGGGAGGAGGUGGAUAAAGCAGCCUCUGCCCAAGUUUACCAACAAACGACACCGAUAUCGAUAUCGAGAGUAUCGGAACCAUGAGGCGUGGGCCGAUCGUCGUGUNNNUUCUUCUCGUCUAUUGCGGUUCGCUCGAGGCUCGAGGUCGCGACGACACCGGCUUCGUGAACGUUGAAUCGAUGCGUCGAGAUGUCCGCGAAAUGGCGUUCCAGGAUUUACUCGGCGAGGGGAGCUCGCCGGAAGAACAACAAGUCCCUAAAAAGCGCAUGAAAAAUGCUUCCGGCAAAUCAGACGAGGGAGGAUACUACAAGACGUACGGUAGCGACGCCGAGGGCGAGAAGGGUUACGAGAAGGCAACCUACAGCAAGGGCAAUCAUGGCUAUAAGACCCUCGACACCUUCCACAAGCAGGACGGCGACAAGUACGCAUUCGAGAAGCAUGUUGCCUACGGCAAAGCGCAUGCUGACAAGAAAAGUAGCCACGACGAGGCAGCCUCUCGUUCCUGGAAAGCGGGUGAUCACGAGGGUGCAGGCACCAUCAUUGAUACUCAUUAUGCAACCGAUGAGGGUGAUCACGAGGCCGAAGCCAACGAUCACAGUGGCUAUACUCACGAAGAUGGUGCUCACUAUACGGAUCAUGAACCAGAAUCUUCGAGUUACGGACACAGUGAAAGCUACACGGACGGAGACGGUGAGCAUGGUUCUUACGAAAGCCACAGCUCCUACUCGAAAAGCUCUGGUGAUGAAUACGGAAACGAUGGAAGCCAUUACUACUAAUCCUUUGCCAAAUGAAUCGAUCCUGUUUCGAAUAUAUUAACACUCUGUAUACGUGAAAUUUUCACGAACGGAAAAUUUACAAUCAUAACAGGGCAAAUUAAAGGAAAAAUUGAAGCUUGAAAUUCAAGGCAUGAUAUUUUAACAGCAAUUACGGGCUAAAAUUGUUCAACUUGAUGAAUCGUGAAAGCGAAAAAAUUAUACAAAUUGGACGAACAAAGUACGAACGGGAAAAGGGCAACGCAUGUGCAACGUCCAAUCCCGUGUCAUCAAUUAAAGAUUAAUCAAUUAAAUCCGAACGAUUACGAGUACAAUCAAAUCAAAAAUGGAACAGUUUUCAACUUCGUUUCAAAAGCGUUCGAUGACAGCAAUAUUCAUUGUUUUACCUAUAAAUGAAUAUUUCGUAUUUCAUCCUAUAAUCGUGUUUGUGCAAUAUCGUUAUUAAACAUUCCGUAACAAAUAUAUAUUCGUUUAUUUAUAACAUUAUUUAAAAACUAUUGGUUUACUUUUAUUCGAUUAAACGAACAAAGAUUUGAAAUACAUUGUUAAAACACGAAUUUCAACGUUACAUAUAUUCAUAUAACAACACGCAAAUUAUUAUUCAUUAUAUAUAAGAAAUAGUUAAUAACAAAUACGACUGAAAAUUGAAAAUUAUUCACAGUUAAAACAUUUCAAUAAUUUCAAUGAUUUUGAAUAAACUUCGUAAUCGCGCCAUGUUAUUACAAUGUUGUUAUUCGUAUAUUUUAAUUCAACAUCUUGUAAAAUUCUUACUUCCUUUCGUGUUUAUCGAAUGCUUCCAAUUGUUGCUUCGCAAUACACCGAUAUCAAUUAUUAUUAGAAGUGCAUUGAAUGGUUACCCACGCGCACCCUUAAUCGUUAUGUAACGAACGCUGUGUGUAAUUUCGAUGGCGUGCAAAGGUGGCGAACUGUUAUUACGAAAUUUAAUGAUAUUACGCUUGUACUGCAUUGAUGAGUCGAUCUAAAUUGCAAUUGGUCAUCGGUCACUGUUGUUCGUCGGUUGCUCGUUACAAUAACGUUGCCGUAUCCGGCCUCGAUUAUGAGCCAGACAAUUUGUUCAAGAUGUGUAUCGUGUUAUUAAAUGAUGGAUAGUUACAGGAAAAUGUACUAACUAGAAAAGUAUUCAACCAAGAAAAUAUUUUACGUCGUCGGUUAAUAUUCAACGUUGAUAGAUGAGAAUAAAUGGAGUGGAAAACAGAAAAAUUAAUUUUCGAAAUGGAAAUCAAAUAUAAAAUCAAUUCAAAUAUAUAAAAAUCUUCUGUGUAAAUUCUUUUUCUUUUCUCUGCUACGAAAUGGAAGAAUAUAUUUUUUACCAUCUAAAUGGCGAAAUAAAAACUUAUACACAAAAUGACACAUUGAAACUUGAACAUAAAGAAUUAUUUCUCCAUAAAAGUACAUGUCAAAAAUAGAAGAUUUCGCCAAUAAAUUAUUUUAUUUUAAAUAUCAACAAUUAAAUAAUAAUUCCAAUAUAUCGUUCA